GGAAACCAAUUAAAAAUUCAAUAGGAAUGUGUUUUUUAUUCUUUAUAGAACAUGAAUCAUGGGGAACUUUAUUUUGAAAACUGCGGGUGACCGGAAAGAGUAUUUGUCAUCCAGGAAGCGAGGACAAACGAGCCAAGCUCGAAAGUUAAUGUGUUGAUGAAUAUAGAGAAGGUUGACGUCGCCAGAACACGGAACUACCGUGUGUGUUGUUUAGCUGUUAGCCAACGAGUGUGGGUGUAAAAGGGAAACCUGCUCCGCCGCCGCGGCUCUGUUUGGGUCCAUCAGGAGGAUGAGCAGCUCAGAGGAGGUGUCAUGGAUAUCCUGGUUCUGUGGACUGAGAGGGAACGAGUUCUUCUGUGAGGUCGAUGAGGACUACAUACAGGACAAAUUCAACCUGACGGGUUUAAACGAGCAGGUGCCUCACUAUCGCCAGGCUCUUGACAUGAUCCUCGACCUGGAGCCAGAUGAGGAACUUGAAGAUAACCCGAACCAGAGCGACCUGAUAGAACAGGCCGCCGAGAUGCUCUACGGGCUUAUACAUGCUCGUUACAUCCUCACAAACAGAGGCAUUGCACAAAUGUUGGAAAAGUAUCAACAAGGGGAUUUUGGCUAUUGCCCCAGAGUCUACUGUGAGAAUCAGCCAAUGCUUCCUAUUGGUUUGUCAGACAUCCCAGGAGAAGCAAUGGUGAAGCUUUAUUGCCCAAAGUGUAUGGAUGUGUACACCCCUAAAUCCUCCAGACACCACCACACAGACGGAGCCUAUUUCGGAACAGGGUUCCCCCACAUGUUGUUCAUGGUGCACCCAGAGUAUCGUCCAAAGCGACCAGCAAACCAGUUUGUGCCAAGGCUAUAUGGUUUCAAGAUUCACCCAAUGGCUUAUCAACUUCAACUUCAGGCUGCAUCAAGUUUCAAGAGCCCAGUCAAGACGAUUCGCUAGAGCUCCGCGUUGACAGACGGUGGACUCAAAGACUUUUGUCGUUUACUUUGUAUGUUUACUAAUGGAUUAUAUAUUCCCAAUAAAUGCGCAUACAGUUCUCCAAACUCACCUGUGUUGAUAGACAUUUUCAAAUUAAAACGUAUCGCUCAUUGA